UUAUGUCGACAGCGAAUGGCGAGUAAGACCAAUGAUAAACCAGAACCUGUCCACCAAUCACCGAAAAGAAUCAGCAGUUUGUCCCAAAGUGAGCCAUCUCAACCAAGUCCUUCCAGUCGAUCGUCCACUUCUUCAUGGAACGAAGAACCGCUGGCGUCUAAUAUGGAUAUUUCCACGGGACACAUGAUUUUGUCAUACAUGGAAGACCACCUGAAUAACAAGGACCGUCUCGACCGGGAGUGGGAAGCUCUGUGCGCCUACGAACCUGAACCGUGUUCCACUUCUGUCGCUAAACUAUCGCAGAACGUCAACAAAAACCGAUUCCCAGACGUCUUACCAUAUGACCAUUCUCGUGUGAUCUUAAAUGACUUUUCUAAUAUCUGUGGCUCCGACUACAUCAACGCCAGCACUAUAACUGACCAUGAUCCACGAAACCCUGCUUAUGUUGCAACCCAAGGACCUCUUCCACAAACAGCAGCAGACUUUUGGCAGAUGAUCUGGGAACAAGGGAGCGUUGUUGUUGUCAUGCUUACCAGAUUAAUGGAGAACGGUGUUGCAAUGUGUCAUCGCUACUGGCCUGAAGAGGGCAGUGAAAUCUACCACAUCUAUGAGGUUCAUCUGGUUUCUGAACAUAUCUGGUGUGACGAUUAUCUGGUCCGAAGUCUCUAUCUCAAGAACUUGAAGACAACUGAAACCCGGACUGUCACACAGUUCCACUUUUUGUCUUGGCCUGACAAUGGCGUCCCAACUUCAAUUAAGGCUCUUCUGGAAUUCAGAAGGAAAGUAAAUAAAUCUUACCGAGGACGUUCUUGCCCCAUUGUCGUGCACUGCAGGUAAGCAUACAUUACAAUGCAAUACGUAAAUAUUAAUGUCACUUUGAAAAGUAUACCUUCCAAUACAAUUCUUAAACAUUUAAGGCUUUUCGAAAGGCAUAUUUUACAAAUGAAUUCGGAAACACUCACGUGUUUUUGAAAUUCAUAAGUUAUUGUGGAUUGUAUUGUUGUUGUUUUUUUUACUAUUAGUAUUUAUGAAAUCUAGUAUAAUAAAACCGUCUGUUUAACUCGAAAGUAGAAUCUGAUAUUACAAUGGUCAGUGAAGAUAAAACGUUAUGUAACUCAUGGACGUUAAAGAAAACGCGAAUAUUUUUUCCCCUGAAAUAUUUUUUUUAAUAGGUUUUAGCAAUAAAAGAAGAGAAUCGGAAAUGACAUUUUAUAUGUACGCCUACGUGGGGACAAAAGGAAACAGUCUUUCGUGUCUUAAAAACCAAAUAACGCUUGGUCGUGUUGACCUGUCGGUUAUAAUUGACUAAAUGAAGAACAUCUAAUUUUCUUUAAUAAUUUACUGUAACUUUAUAUUUUUGGAAGCCUGAAUGCACUUAUUGGAAAUUCAGCCCCUAACCUAGUUUCCACCAUUUUUUUUUAUGAGCGUCCAACAUAGGCAAGCAGCUUUUACCCUCGUGUCUAAUGGUGGUCGUUUCACCUGGAUUAGCCCGGCAUGGCCAGGUGGUUAGGGCGCUCGACUCGCGAUCUGAGGGUCGC